CACCGCCGCCCCCUCUACUCCUCUCUCCCGCCGCCGCGCCGCCCCGUAGACCCCCACGCCGCUGCGGACCUCUCCUCGGUCGCCGGCGGCGAGAAGGUCCUCUAGUCUCCGCCUCAACCCCUGGCAGGCCCUCUCCUCACUCCCUCCCCUUCCCUCCCCUCGGCCUCCGGCCCUCGCCGACCUCUCCUCCGCGAGUUUGUGACUCUGUGUCCGGUCAGGCCUCCCCCUGCCGCCAAGGCCAGGGGCCAGUCCGCCUCUGCCCUCCGGCCUCCCCGGCUCCCCUGCUCGGCUCGCCGCCCUCCACGGCACGUCUCCACCUCCGGCAGUCCAGCCUCCGUGGCUCUGUCCAAGAUUCCUGCUUGUAAGCAGCUUGAUGGAGGCGAUGGCCGCGAAACUAGUAUUCCCCCAGGACAACCCACCACUUUCCAUCAUUUCUGCUGCUAAGAUUGCAGUUGUUCCUAUAACCACUGAUCCCUGCCUCCCCUCAGGUUCAGUGCCCACACUACACUUCGGUUCUGGGGACUUUAUACAUGGUGUCAACACAGUUCUUCGCUAUAUUGCCCGUACUACAUCUGUCUCCAGCUUCUAUGGCGAGAACGCUAUUCAGGAAGCACGUGUUGAUGAAUGGCUCGAGUACGCACCACUCAUUCUUUCAGGCUCUGAAUUUGAAGCCGCUUGCUCAUUUCUUGAUGGAUACUUGGCAUCUCGAACCUUUUUGGUUGGUCAUGGUCUGACAGUUGCUGACAUUGUAGUGUGGUCAAACCUCAGAGGUAAUUUCUGGCUUCUUUCGUUCAUGUGUAGUUUAAUGUUCUCUCCCUUUGUCUUACCCUGGAGGUCACAACUGUUUUCUUCACGAGCUGGUCAACGAUGGGAAAGUUUAAGGAGGUCAAGGAAGUACCAAAACCUUGUCCGUUGGUUCAACAGCGUAGCUGUAGACUAUGCACUAGAGGAAGUUACAUCUGUUUAUGUUGGAAAGCGAGCAAUUGGCAAAUCUCCCGCACCAUGCCUGAAAGAAAAGAUGCCUGGCUUGAAGAACACCUCAGGUCAUGAGAUAGAUCUCCCAGGUGCAAAAGUUGGGGAGGUUUGCGUACGUUUUGCCCCAGAGCCUAGCGGAUAUCUCCACAUUGGUCAUGCUAAGGCUGCACUGUUGAACCAGUAUUUUGCAGAUAGAUAUAAAGGACGUCUCUUAGUUCGAUUUGAUGACACAAAUCCUUCCAAAGAAAGCAGCGAAUUUGUUGAGAACGUCCUGAAGGAUAUUGAGACCCUUGGAGUUAAAUACGAUGCAGUUACAUACACAUCGGAUUAUUUCCCAAAGCUAAUGGAAAUGGCCGAAUGUUUGAUUAAGCAGGGAAAGGCAUAUGUUGAUGAUACACCCAAGGAUAAAAUGAAUACUGAAAGGAGGGACGGUGUGGAAUCUAAAUGUAGAAACAGUACUGUUGAGGAGAACUUGUUGUUGUGGAGUGAGAUGGUUAAUGGUACCAAGAGGGGUACUCAGUGCUGUGUGCGUGGUAAACUUGACAUGCAGGACCCCAACAAAUCACUUCGAGAUCCUGUUUACUACCGUUGCAACCCUGAUCCCCAUCACCGAGUUGGCUCAAAAUACAAGGUCUAUCCAACAUAUGACUUUGCAUGCCCAUUUGUUGACGCAUUGCAAGGAGUGACUCAUGCUCUUCGUUCAAGUGAAUAUCAUGAUCGGAACGCACAGUACUACCGUAUCCUUCAGGACAUGGGGCUGCGGAGGGUUGAAAUCUUUGAGUUCAGCAGACUGAAUAUGGUUUAUACCGUCCUUAGCAAGCGCACGCUUCGCUGGUUUGUACAAAACAAGAAGGUGGACGACUGGACUGACGCACGCUUUCCCACUGUACAAGGCAUAUUACGCCGUGGCUUGAAGAUUGAAGCCUUGAUCCAGUUUAUACUCGAGCAGGGUGCUUCAAAGAAUCUGAAUCUCAUGGAAUGGGAUAAACUCUGGACAAUCAACAAGAAGAUAAUUGAUCCAGUAUGUGGAAGGCAUACUGCUGUGCUGAAGGACAAAAGUGUGCCCUUGACACUUACUAAUGGCCCAGAGAAUUUGGCUAGAGUAUGCUGAUGCAUCAGCCAUUAGCGUGGGUGAGGAAGUCACUUUGAUGGACUGGGGAAAUGCUAUCAUUAAAGAAAUCAAGACAGAUGAUGGAACAAUUACUCAACUAGUUGGUGAACUCCAUCCUGACGGGUCAGUGAAGAUGACAAAGCUGAAGCUAACCUGGCUAUCAGAUAUUGAAGACCUUGUGUCUCUCUCUUUGGUGGAUUUUGACUACCUAAUCAUCAACAGAAAGCUGGAACUGGGAGAAGAUGAUAAGCCCGGAGGUGAGAAGUUCCUUGAAAAUCUUAACCCAUGCACCCGACGAGAAGCUUUAGCUCUUGGAGACCCAAACAUGCGGAACAUCAAGCGAGGAGAAGUUGUACAGCUCGAAAGGAAAGGCUAUUACAGGUGUGAUGUUCCAUUUGUCGGGUCAUCAAAACCAAUCAUGCUUUUUGCCAUUCCCGAUGGUCGACUGAAGUCCACGUCGAUUGUUUCUGGAGCCUAGCUUCAACAAGUUAUGUUGGGUAAAUAGUUGGUACUUUUUGGACAAAAAUCUUGCAACCAUAUUGGUAUCCUCAGACUGAAAUAUGGAACUUCAGAUUUCGGUUCUUCAGUGUCGCUGUGUAGUUCCUUUUGCAUGUUUUGAGGACCUGUAGAUUUGCGGAACAAAUAUCAAGAUGAUAAUUGAUUGAUCUUCUCCA